CCCGCCCACUCCGCGGCUCCUCCUGCUCCCGGGGCUGAGGGCGGCGAGAGCGGGAGCGGCGCGCGGGUAGCCGGAGCGCUGGGACGGUAAACUGGGAAAUAGACUCUGAGUACAGUCAUCUGUAGUUACUGCAUUUUACUGAGAAGCAUCUCAUACAGGUGUGCCCUUGGUAGACCCCACAGGGGAGAGAGGCAGUGAGUCUCACUGUCUUCAGACUACUAGUGGACCAUCUUGUGUGCAUUAUGAAGGAUGGGCCUUGGCCAGGCCUAGGUCAUUAGAGGAUCAUAAUCUCCCAGCUCAUUUGGUGCCAGCCAAAGGCUUUCUCAGUGCAAGACCAAGUGCUGCUAUAAAGCCAAGUACAGCACUUUCAAGACAGCUGGUGCCGCCAGGCCCUUGGGCCACUGCUCUUCACAGAGAGAAAAUUGCUGGAUUUUCCCAGGGUCUGUGUUUGCUCAUGGUGAGGCCUCUUCGGCCCGACUGCUGGACCAGGACUGGUGUCACAGCACCAAUGCCGCCCGCCCGGGACCGCGUUGCUGCCGCCGCGGGCCGCAGGAGUGAAUGACCCUGCCACGACUUCCUUCCUGGGCCGCCGGCGCCUCCUCCCGCCCCACCGGCCGGCUGUUUUGAUUAACCCCCUGGACUGCUUCUGUGAACUUCAAUAUGUGUCAUGUCAUUGUCACCUGCCGCUCCAUGCUCUGGACCCUCCUGAGUAUUGUGGUAGCCUUCGCGGAGCUCAUCGCCUUUAUGAGUGCAGACUGGCUGAUCGGGAAGGCCAAGAGCCGCGGCGGCGGGGCCGAGUCGACGGCAGGGGGCGCCCCCGAGCCCCCUCACCCCACGCUGGGCAUCUAUGCUCGCUGCAUCCGCAACCCUGGCCUGCAGCACGUACCGCGAGACACGCUCUGCGGGCCCUAUGCGGAGAGCUUCGGAGAGAUCGCCAGCGGCUUCUGGCAGGCCACUGCGAUCUUCCUGGCCGUGGGAAUCCUCAUUCUCUGCUUGGUGGCCUUGGUAUCCGUCUUCACUAUGUGUGUGCAGAGCAUCAUGAAGAAGAGCAUCUUCAACGUGUGCGGGCUCCUGCAGGGAAUCGCGGGCCUGUUCCUUAUCCUUGGUCUCAUCCUCUACCCUGCUGGCUGGGGCUGCCAGAAAGCCAUAGACUACUGUGGACAUUAUGCAUCCGCCUACAAACCCGGAGACUGCUCUUUGGGCUGGGCCUUUUACACUGCCAUCGGCGGCACAGUCCUCACCUUCAUCUGUGCUGUCUUCUCCGCACAAGCAGAAAUCGCAACCUCCAGUGACAAAGUACAGGAAGAAAUAGAAGAAGGGAAAAACCUUAUUUGCCUCCUUUAGUGUGGAAGAGACAUUAAUGUCAUUUUUUUCCUUUGUAAUCUUGUGAAACAGUCCUCAUCAUAUGAAUCAAGUGGAGAAAUAGCCUUCACCUAUCAAAGCCACAUUCCACAGUCUGGGCCUUUACAGGACCUGUGAGGGGCAACACCUGACUAAGCACAGCUACUGGACAAGGACAAAUUAUAAGAGUAACAACCUGUAACAUCGUUUAGCAACCCUGACUGCAGUUGUGGGGUUCGAUCAGACCCCAUCUCCCCAGGUCUCAAUGAAGGAUAAUGACCGGGAUUAUGAAGGCACCAUCUCUCUGACAACAGAGAAGAUUUAGUUGGCCACUAGCCUGGCAGGCCAUUUUAAGGCCAAAGAGGAAGUUUCUGCCUCACAGCUGCAUGUCUGUGAGCAUCUCUGCCUUAGGAUGAGAUCUCAAGUUGGCGUUUGGUUUUCUUCCUAGUUCUUUCAUAUUGUUUCAGUUGGAGACUAAAAGGAUACUCACAAACUUACUGGGGAUAGGAUGUGUGCCAAUGGACCAAAGUCCUCAAAGACAGUGUGGGACUUACUCUAAGCUGAAUUCUGGGGGAAAGUAGAUCACCCAGACUGUCACUCCAAGGUGUUAGAAAUGUUUGAGUAAGAGACACCAAGGGCCUGUACAAUCACAUGAGGAUAAAAGCUCACACCCUGGCCAGAUGAGCAGUUUCCUCUUCCAGCAGCCAGGCUAGUGCCCAUGCAGGCCCUGCCUCCUCUUUCUUCUAGAUCCAAGAUUGUGCUUUGACUGCCAAAGGAAACAUGUUUCCUUCUAUCAGGGACAGUGGGCUCCACACCAGCUGUGACACAGUCAGGUGCUCACAAGGAGGAACUGCCAAAUCUCGGCCCUGGGGGGACCUUUCCUGUUUGGUGAUCCAACCUUAGUCAGCUGGAUUCCCAACUCCUUUAGCAGCAGAAUAGGAAAGUUUGCAGGAAAAGGGAGCUAGUGAUGGGAGUUAAGCUUCUCUAGUCACUGGUGUUAGAGCCUGAAAGAAGACUGAAAUAACAUUAAACUUCUGCAACUGAAGAGUUGCACCAGAGACUUGGAAAGCAGAGAGUAGAAAGUUUAUGCAAAAACCCGAGCUAGACCAAGCUCACAGCACCUGCCUAUACCUGUUUACAGAAAUACUCAAACACCACUGUUAGAAAGGAUUGAGGAAGAAAGAAAAAAAGAUUCAGGGCUUUUAAUGUAGUUUCUUUAAGUUUCCAAUACAAUUGAUCUGGGAAGGUGGUAAUCAGAAUGAGCAAAAGUCUGACAUGCGCAUCAGGGACUGAGAGGGAGAAACAUUCCUCACCCACAGAAGUCAGGGGGCAUGGGCCUGUCCACUGUCUGGAAAGAUUAAGAGUGUGAGUCUCUUCGGGUUUAUGAAUCUGCUCACAGCGGGCUUUAUUCUGAAAAUGUAACAGCUAAUAAGCACCUCCUACUGGCAAGGUAUUUUGUGCUAAGUACCACCAGAUAUUCAAACUUGACUCAGAAGCUACAACUUUGCACCAGUGAAUGAUGUCAAAGCUGUGUGAGUUAGAACCAUGGCAGGCAGAAUAAAUAGCUGUUUUACAGAAAUGGAACGGGGAGACUAACAUUUUUAUUAUAUCCUGUUUGACCUUUGGCCUAUAAUAGAAACCAUCUUAUCUCACAGGUGAAAGGCCAAGGGCAAAAUAUGAGCAAAUCUUCUGAACCAAAGCCAGCUUUUUUCAGAGAGAGAAGGGUUAACAGGUAUCCUCCUAGAAACUUAGGCAAAGGCUCAGGAAACACUAACCAUCUCUCUAACCACAUGAAAUAAAUGGGCCAUGGGAGCCACUGGGUGAGGCUCCUGUGCCUGACAGUGCUUUAUAAUGUCUAACCAAGACCCUCCUCCUGCCAGGUAACUACUUUCAAACCUGAGCAGUAUUUUUCAUUUAAAGCAGUUUCCUUCAUCAGGCAAAUGCUGAUACAACUUUUUCUUAAAUUUCUUAUUGGAAGAUUAACCUUUACAAGAUAGAGAAUCCACUUUACAAUCUCAGCCGCCUCCUAGGACAAGGCAUAGGCCCAGAAGACCCUGUGAGUGUGUUCACUGCCUGCUCCUUGGCAAAAGUGGGAGGGCUCCCCUAGGUCACCCUGUCACAGUAAACCCAUCAAUAGCAGUCACAAAAGAAAAUGGGACCUCUCAGGCAGGACAAAGUCACUUGACAGUGUUCAUUAAUCUGAAUGAUAUAGAACACUAAGAAGAAAAAGGCACAUACACAAAACCCCAAGCCACUGAAAACUGACUUAGCAUAACAGGAAGAAUGAGUCUUCUGCCACAGGGAAAGGCAGUGUUGGGUCUGUGAAACCUUCAGCUCAUCAGCCAGCCUUUCUUUGGGAUAAGACUGUAAUGCUACCCUGGACCAAAACCCUCCUGCAUGGCUCUUUAAAAACCACUCAAUCCACAUUUUCUAAUAAAUAGGACCAUUACUACUCCAAGAAAAGCCUAUUUAUUUUGCCUGCAUUUGUGCUUAAAGUUUUGUGACGGGCUGGGCAUCUCAAAGCACUUUGAGGCAGAAAUGUUUGCCUCGGAGUCUGUGGAUUCUUUAAACCUGUGUGCUAAUUCAAAGUGUAACAUUUAAUUGUGUGAGGGUUUCUGUGCAGUUCUCAAACAGCUGUGGUGUAAUGAUUCUUGUUAAACAUGUAUCCCAUAAAGUGCCAGUCUUUUGUUUAAUGUGUAGCAUAUUUAAAUAUGUAUAUACAUACACAAGUUUUUGUGAAAGAUGUGCAAUAACAAAGGUGUAUGUAUGUUUUCUUUUGGAAACUGGACAGGAAUCAAAACAGGGAUGUUUUCUGUUUUGGCAAAGGAGAGUUACACAUUUUUGCCUUCAUGGCCUAGUUAUUAGCCUAUGACAAUUUUAAUGCUACAUGAAUCUUAUGUGAAGAAAAGACUGGUAUGAAAUAGGUUUUUCCUGGGUCUAAAUUAUAAUAAUCACUCUAUUUAUGUGAAAGUUAAGCCAGCAAGCCAGGCCCAGUUAAUGCUAGUCUUUUGUGUGAAAUGUGAAGCUGCGUGUUGCCUUUUCUGUUAGUGUGACGACUAGUUGCUGGAACAUAAUCGCAGGCACUGUUUCUUAGCGUGCUUUCCUGGACCCUGUCAAUGCUAGGCCACUGUGGAAGGGCUGACCGCACGCCUUCUUAGCCUAAGUCCGGCUUUGGACAGACCUCUGUGCAAUAACGCCUGGCCCCAGGAAUCACCACCUGCGUCUGUUUAAAGUAGCAGUGACGCCCUGUGGGGCCAGAGUCAGAGAUGGUUGGGUUUCUUCUGAGACUGUGGUGGAACUUUCUAAGGACGAGGGAGUCGUCAGGUGCUCUGGAGGAACGCGGCACCACUUGACAUUAAACAGCCACUUGAGCCAAACAAAAACUGUACUACAGCGAUAGACUCAAUUUGAGCCCUCAAAUGUGUGGUUACCGUUAUACUGUAAACUAAUACAUUGUCUAGCAUUGAUGAGGUUCCUGUGCCUAUGUAUUUUCACAUUGUGCUCCCUCCCCCUCAGAUUUGAAUUAAAUCAGAUCUUACAAACCCA